AUGUUUUUCAAUGCAUGGGCCAACGCUGCCCAGCUCGGCAAGGUUGAGAACGAAGGCGUGGAUGUGUGGUUCUCGGAAUUUCAGCAUUUUCGAUCCACAGGCUGUGACUUGUACCGCGUGACCAACGAUGAUCGACUCAAAGGGUCGUCUUUCUGCGGCUUCGAUGCAAGAGCUUGGGAGCUCUCAGGGAGGUUUUGUGUGAUUUUGAAGAUUUUGCUGAGGUCUACCGUUCCGGAGUUCAGGGAUUGGGGGCUCGUUUGA